UGUUGUUACAGAUCUUAUAGCAGUCGGUUUAAAGCGGGGAUUCGAUGAGCUUCUUUCUUUUGGUGUCGCUAACGGAUCUUCUACCAUGAACAGUUCUACUCCUACAGGUGUGUAUGCUAAUGGGAAUGACAACAAGAAAUUUAAAGGAGAUAGACCUCCCUGUUCGCCUUCCCGAGUUCUCCAUCUUCGCAAAAUUCCAUGUGAUGUCACCGAAGCGGAGGUCAUAUCAUUAGGUCUCCCGUUUGGCAGAGUAACUAAUCUUUUGAUGUUGAAAGGAAAAAGCCAGGCUUUCUUAGAAAUGGCUUCUGAGGAAGCUGCUGUUACCAUGGUAAAUUACUACACUCCUGUUACUCCUCAUCUUCGAAGCCAGCCUGUUUAUAUUCAGUAUUCCAAUCACAGAGAACUUAAGACUGACAAUCUGCCUAAUCAAGCUAGAGCCCAAGCUGCACUGCAGGCUGUCAGUGCUGUCCAGUCAGGAAAUCUGGCCCUUCAUGGAGCUCCUUCAAAUGAAGCCACAAUCCUACCUGGGCAGAGCCCUGUACUUCGAAUAAUUAUUGAAAACCUAUUUUACCCUGUUACUCUGGAAGUUCUUCAUCAGAUAUUUUCUAAAUUUGGCACGGUCUUGAAGAUUAUCACCUUUACAAAGAAUAAUCAGUUUCAAGCGCUGCUUCAGUAUGCUGACCCCGUGAAUGCACAUUAUGCCAAAAUGGCUCUGGAUGGCCAGAAUAUCUAUAAUGCAUGCUGCACUCUGCGUAUUGACUUCUCCAAGCUCACCAGCCUUAAUGUGAAAUAUAAUAAUGACAAAAGCAGAGACUUCACUCGCUUAGACCUUCCUUCUGGUGAUGGCCAGCCAUCUCUUGAACCCCCUAUGGCUGCUGCUUUUGGUGCCCCAGGUAUAAUAUCUUCACCAUAUGCAGGGGCUGCUGGGUUUGCCCCAGCCAUUGGAUUUCCUCAAGCUACAGGUCUCUCAGUCCCAGCUGUUCCUGGAGCCCUUGGUCCGCUUGCACUCACCUCCUCUGCGAUCACUGGAAGAAUGGCCAUUCCCGGGGCAAGUGGUAUACCAGGAAAUUCUGUUCUGCUUGUCACCAAUCUCAACCCUGAUCUGAUCACACCACAUGGACUUUUUAUCCUGUUCGGAGUGUAUGGUGAUGUACAUCGAGUGAAGAUAAUGUUUAAUAAAAAGGAAAAUGCCUUGGUUCAGAUGGCAGAUGCAAAUCAAGCCCAGCUAGCAAUGAACCAUCUAAGUGGUCAGAGACUUUAUGGAAAAGUGCUCCGUGCUACACUGUCCAAACACCAGACUGUUCAGCUUCCUCGAGAGGGGCAGGAAGACCAAGGUCUGACGAAGGAUUUCAGCAAUAGUCCUUUGCAUCGCUUUAAAAAGCCUGGCUCUAAAAACUUCCAGAAUAUUUUUCCACCAUCAGCCACACUGCAUCUUUCCAACAUUCCCCCUUCUGUUACAAUGGAUGAUCUGAAGAACCUUUUUACGGAGGCUGGGUGUUCAGUGAAGGCUUUUAAAUUCUUUCAGAAAGAUCGCAAAAUGGCACUCAUUCAGUUAGGAUCUGUGGAAGAAGCAAUCCAGGCACUCAUUGAACUUCAUAAUCAUGAUCUUGGAGAAAAUCACCACCUCAGAGUUUCCUUCUCAAAAUCUACUAUCUGACUUUUCUGUGAAUUUUUCUCCUAAAACUGGACCAUAAUUUCAGUAAAACCUUCAGACAUAGACUGAAGCAACUCAAGACCAACUCUGCCUCUUUCACAAAAAUAACUCUGAAUUUGAUAUUCAAGUAUAUUAAAAACGUGGAAUAGUCUUUUUCUUUUGUUUCUCCCCCUGACAAUACCUGACCAGAAGUUUAUUUCUCUUUCUACCAUGGUUUCUAUGAAAGUGUACCUGCAGGAAAAAUGUGUUUUUGAUUAUUUAAUUCCCCACAUUAAAUUUGAUUUCAAGAGGACAGACUUUAUUUUAGUUUGGGUUCAAAUCAGCCUUAUAUGACAUUUCUAAACUCCUUUGUACUUUGAGAGAUUUAACCAUAUGGACUUUUUAAAUUACUGGAUGUAAGUAAUUUAAAUCACUUACAAACAAGUUUUUAACUUUUAAGAUUCAGAAGUUUGACCCCAGUGGGAAAUUAUGUUCACUUUUAAAUUAUGUCAAAUAUUUGCCAUACAUGGAUGGUUGUUAGACAUAAACACACGAGUUCAAUUGCAGGCAGAUUUAUAAACAUGCAUGUUUUCUUUCUAUGAUUUCCUUUUUAACUCUGUGACACUCCUUUGAAUAAUGCAUCAUCUUUUUAAAAGACUGUUUGGUACAAUGAAGUGUCUCAACUGUGCCCAGGGAAAUUAAGUUAAAUCCAACUAGGAUAUAUUAAGAUGUCAGAACAACCAAUAAUCUUGUUAGAAAAAUCAUGUCUUAAAUCUCAAAAUGACACUUUUUGUUGAGUAAUAUAAAUAUAAUAAUGGAAAAUUUGGAAAAAGUAAUCCUACUUAUAAACUACUUUUUUAUAAUUGUUUUCAGAAAAAAGUUUACAGUCUUAUGGAAAAUAUUCAGGUCUAUCAUAUGGUUUGACAGAUUUUUUAAAAGUUAUUUUUGGUAAGGUCUUCUUUUAGAAAAAAAAAUCUCAAGGGUUUUUUGUACCACUGUAAUCUCUAAUACUUAUCCAGAAUUACUGUGUAUUUACUUAAUUUCUUAUUAUGUGCCUUAUUAUGUGCUUAAGAUACAAUAGGUUAGAGUUUUAUCUAAAUAUCUUGAAAGCUAUAUUGUGGGCUUGGUGAGCGUUUUGUUUUCUCUUUCUCUGUUUUGGUAAGAAUUUAAAAAUUUUUUUUCAUUGCAAUUUUAAGUGAUUUUCAAUAAGUAAUAGUUUUUAUUCCAAUCUGUGGUGCUUUGGUGCAGAGAUGGGGUAGGGAAGGGUGAAAGUUCGGAGAGUACUCAGUGCGCGCUGGUGGCCCUCUGCAUCGUGACUGGUGGCAGUUGUUGCCAGUUAUCACACACCAAUUUGGGGCUGUAGAAUGCAAUCUCAGUUUCUGGAUCUUGUCUAAUCUUUAUUGCCCAUCAGAAUUUGUCUCAGGAUUACUUGGUUCUUCUCAGUACUCAAGUGAGAGCUUGUUUUUCUUUGUUAAUGUAACUUACCGAGUGCUCACACAUGUAGGAGUAUGAGAAGGUGGAUUAUUUUUUAUGCUCAGUUCCUUCUUCUGUUUUGGGCUGAAUGUAAGAGUGAACUUUAGUGUUGCUUCCGUGAUUGUACAAUGUAAAAUUAUUUUUAACAAGAAAUUGUUUUUGUUAAUUACUCCUCCAGUGCUUGAUCAGAUUUUUAAGCUGAACUUAUUGAAGGGAUCAAUUUUAUCCACCCCUUUUACAUUUUUUGUAUUUUUUAAGUGGCUCAUCUCAACUUUGAAAAGAAUAUCUCAGUCUUUCUGCUGUAUUCCAACCAUUAAUUUGAACAUAGGGAGGUUUUUUAAUCCAAGAAAUUUUGCAAAAAAUAAGAGAUACAAAAUCAGAAUUCACUCAACACUGAGCAACAGUUAAUUGGUAGAAUAGGAAAGAUGACACUGAGACCUUUCAAAUGGAUCAGCUUAGUGCUGGCUGAAUAGAUAGGCAUAAUCACUUACCUCGUUGGGAUUUAUUUCCCUCCACUUUUGAAAUACAUUUUACCGACACAAUAAGUAGUGAAAGGGGAAAAAAAUUUCAGAAACCUCCCCAAAUUUACUCUUUAUUUCCUUCUACACAGGCACUGUUAUAAUUUUCAGUAGUGUGUUAAAUUGGAUUACUUCAUUUGCUUUGAGUUGGGAAUUACUGUGUAAUUUAUUAAUUCAUGAUUCUCAUAACAUCCAGCAUAAGUGUAGCAAAAGUUACUGAUAGCAGAAGGUAAAUCAUAAUAGUGUUGAAUGUAAUUUUGAAGUAGGAGAUGGCCUUUAAAUCUGAGAGAACAUUUGAAUCCUUUUCAGGGAUUUGUGUAGAUAAUGUGUGUGUGUGCGUGUGUGUGUGUGUUUGCGCUUGUGUGUGUAUAUAGAUAAGUGUAUAUACAUACAUGCGUCCUUCUAAUGUUGUAUAUACAUAUGCACAUUACAUACAUUUUAAUUUAUUGACAAAGAAUAACCAAAUUAAGAUUUGGAAAAGUGGGAUAUUCUUGUUUUUAAAGAGCAUGUUUGAAGCCAUCAGAUUGUGUCUGAAAUUAGCUGUAGCACAUGGAUGUUGUCCAUAUUGAGCUCUUUACUGUUUGAAUUAUAGAGGUCUAUGAUAUUUGUGUUGGCAUAGUUUUUGUAAAAAGAUUUAAACAUAUCAGGGUGGUGGAAAAACUAGAUCUGUGUAUUUUUAUUUUGGCAUGCAUUUACUCAAUAUCUGCUAAACAUUGGUUUAUUUUUGCUGUUGAUCUGCCAUAGAAUCCUAUUUUUAAGUUUAUGUACUUUAUUUUAAGGAAUAUUGGCGUAGCACUUUUUGAGGUAUCUUGACUUUUACACAAAGUAUAUAUAUUCAGGACUUUUAAAAAUAGCAGUACACAUUUAAUAAUAGCAGUCUAUGCCAAAAUGUUUUGAGAUUUGAAUAACUUGGGUAGUAGUAAAAUGUGUUUCAUGUAAGAUACAAAUAGCAAAAUGAUAUAUUACCUUAAUUGAUAAUUUACUGGAGAGUAUCAGAAUUACCCUGUAGCUCCUCCAGAAUGCCAUAAAUUAUUUAAAGGCUAAAUAUUAUCAUCAGUUAAUUGUAAGAAUGUUUGAACUUAGUUUUUAGAGCCACAGUUUCUGCCUGCCUGGUUCCUUAGGAGACCAGGCUUUCUUUGGGUCCAUCUACAUGCUCAUCCUAGGUUCUGCUUUCCUUGAAGAAGUAGCUCUUAUUGUCUCUUUGUUCAGUCUUAUAGAAACGUUUUAGAGACUCCUUGUCAUCAGAGCACUAUGUUUGUAUUUGAAUAAAUUGUUAGGAAGUUUCUUUUCUGUUCUCAUUAAAUAUUUUCGGACAAAAACGCUACAAGACUCGAUAGUAUGUGUCUUUUUGGGCCAGAUGAGUCACUUUAAAAUCCUGUUCAGCAAACUAUCAGUGUCUUAGAACACCUAAUGUGUACUGCUAUUUUUAAACCCAAAAGAGACAGCAACUAUACGUAAAGCAUUUUUGUUAGCCUUUCCUUUGUCUCAAUCUGUUACUAAUGAGAAGAAAACUGCCAGACCUAAAAUAUUCUACUUUUGUGCUAAAACAAGUACAAUUUAGAUUGUAUAAAAUUUUGAAGUAUAACUCAGCUGUUUUUCAAAAGAAUUGUGUUGUUAUCUACAAGACUACUUACAGUCUUUUUUCAGAGCAAAUUGUAACAGCUAGUUGUGAAUAGUUUAAAAAGUAGGAAAUUACUAAAAUCCUAAUUUGGGGGUUUUUAUAAAAAAACAAAACAAAACAGGACCAAAGUUUAUGUGCCUUCUUCAAUAGUCUUAAUUGACCUUUUCUUCCUAUUUGAGACUGAAGUAGUAUCAGUAUUCUGGUUUUCAGGAAGUAUAUACUACGUAGUUUUAAGAGAAUGUUACCCCAUAAACUAGUCAUACAAGCAAAUAAUUGUAACUCUGUAAAUGCAUUCUCAGUUACACUUUUGCCUUUAUCACGUAAUAUUCAUUAGAGAGCAUACUCUGGUUCAAGAACAGAACUGCUCUAAAUCUUUCUGGCUGUCACCUUAGUUUUUUCAAUCUGAGGUAUGUGUUCCAGAGAACAGGGAUAUUUGUCUGGUCCAGUGACCUUGGUGAUAAUAGUGAUGAUUGAAAGCUGCUUAAGGCAAGCUUAACACUGGCAAUAGAUUUUUUUGUUACUUUUCACUUGUUGGAUUUAUAGAGUAGUUGUAAUAACAAAUAUUUAAAUAGCUAUUUUGUGGUGUCAUUUAAAAAAAUCGUACUCUGGCCUUUUUCCCAUUUCCAUUCAUUGUUAUUCGAACCUUUUAAAGUUCAUCCCACAUCUGGAAAGUACUAAUUGUAAAGACUGUUGACCAGGCAGAAUUUUACAUCAAAAUGUCACCUCAUUGCUCUGACCAAAGACUGACUCUUCUGGUUUUAACUCCUCCCAGGCAUUUUCCCCAAGCUCCUUUCUGAAAGACCCAGUGCAAAGCGGCCUUUACUUUCUAUUUCCUAUUGGUGAAUAGACUACUUAGAGAAAGUGGGAGUUUAAACAUGAACAGAAUGGAUUAAGAUGACAAGAGUUUGAUGGGCAUUUUCAGUACUGUAUUCAGAAAAAAAUAAAUAGCACAGCUAGGAGCCUGUGACAUUGUCUUGUGUUUUACGUGGUCUGUUCAUAAAAUUCCCUUUUUCAGUUUGUAAGAAUGUUCAUCUAACAGAAGAAAAUGCUGUAAAUAUUUGUAACAACUUUUUUUUUAACCAGGCCAAAAAAGAAAAAAAAAAAAAAGGUUUUUGGGAACAAGUUAACAUAUAAAGUGGUUUUAUAUAAAACAUCAAUUGUCUUGUAUAUUUUGAUAAGCAGCAGUACCAGCUUUCAUUUGUAAUACGGUUUGUGGCAUUGGAAGAAAAGGAUUCUGUGAUCGUUAAAGUGAAUUAUGUUAUAAAUGCAAAGAGAAGAUAAAAUAUUAAAAGCAUAUUUUCUAAA